GUGCUGGUCAGCCCACAGAGCCUUCUACUGAGAAAACUGAAUCUAAAUCACUUAUAAAUGAAUCUGUUGUUGUCACUUCACCUAGGGUUAAACUUGGUGAUGGUAGAUAUCUUGCUUAUAGAGAAAGAGGGGUACCCAAAAACAUAUCCAAAUUCAGAAUCAUCAUUGUUCAUGGCUUUGGCAGUUCUAAAGAAAUGAGCUUUAUGGCUUCUGAUUUUGAGACUGAUACUGGUAGAGAAUUGUGAAUUUGGUACCAAUAUCAUAGAUUUGAAGAGAAAGGGUUGAAAUUAAUAGAUCCAUAAAUGGUUGUUUUUUUUUCAAGAACAAUUGAACUUGGCAUUACCUGGUUAGAACUACUGUUUACUGUGAUAAUUGAAGUGACUUAAAGGCAGAGUAAGUAAUUGAAAAUUUCUUCUGCUUUGUGUUAUGUGGCGUGGAAUCCAAAAAUGCACUACUUUUGGAGGAUCUGACAUGCAGUUGGAGAUAUUUUUUGAGAGUCCGAGCAACAUUGGUUUUGUGGAACUUCUUGAUGAAUUGGGGAUAUACCUUUUGAUCUUUGAUAGAGCUGGAUAUGGAGAGAGUGAUAUAAAUUCAAAAAGAUCACUUAAAAGUGAAGCGUCUGAUAUUGAAGAGCUAGCUGAUCUGUUGGAAUUAGGAUCCAGAUUCUACGUAAUAGGUGUGUCGUUGGGAUGUUACCCGGCUUGGAGUUGCAUCAAGCACAUUCCUGGAAGGCUUGCAGGUGUUGCUCUCGUCGUUCCCUUUGUCAAUUAUAAAUGGCACACACUGCCUAAGGAUCUAGUGAAGAAUGAUUACAGGAAACAACUCUCUCGGUGGGUAAUUUGGAUCACAUGUUAUGCUCGGGGGAUAUUACAUUGGUGGUUGACUCAGAAAGUUUUUCCAUCAGCGUCUGUUCUUGAUGGAAAUCCUCAAUUUUUCUGUGAGAGAGACUUGGAAGUCUUGAAGAAUACACCGGGAUAUCAGUUGUUCACUCAGGAUGGCCUUAAGGACCGAAGUAUAUUUGACUCCCUCUGUAGUGACGUUAUUGUAGCUUUUGGAAAAUGGGAUUUUAAUCCGUUGGAGCUAACUGACCCAUACCCUCAAAAUGAAAGCUCAGUUCACAUCUGGCAAGGUGUCAAAGACAAAGUUGUGCCUGUUCAAUUACAAAGACACGUCUCGCAAAGGCUGCCCUGGAUUCGAUAUCACGAAGUUCCUGACUGUGGUCACUUGCUUGUGUAUGAAACUGCAGUGUGUGAAGCUGUCUUGACAUCACUUUUGCUUGGGGAAGAUCCUCCAUUAUACAAGCCAAAGUUAGCAGAUCACUAAGUAUUUAUACCCUGUAAGUAGAUUCAUUCUUGAAAUUAAUUAAUACAAGUGUGAUUGAUUUGCAUUGUCUUCAUAAACUUUUUGAGGUAUUUCAACUGUACUAGACAUAGAUAUUGAAACAUAAAAGGGAAAGGGGAGGAGAGAAGGAUAUCUUUAAGGCGGCGAGACUUGCUAUUACGGGUAUCAGCUUUCAUUCAAUAAUCUUGUCACAGAAUGAUUGACACCCCCCUCUCUUACCUACAUCUAAACUGAAAAUGAAGUCAAAGGGAUUGAGUCAUGUAGAUCUGUGUGCUGUUACAGAUUCAUCGAGUUGGAUGCAUACUGCUGAAUAACUUUACUUGUUUUCAUCUAAGGUGCAUCGAUUUGCAACAAAUAGAAAUCAAACUCCAGUGUGGAGAUUGCUAGAAUAGUUUUGAUAUUUUUGUAUGUAUUCAAGAAGAAUUAAGACAGAUAAAGUGACUUGGUUGAGUUUUUUCUGCAAAUAGAAAAACUUCAUUCUUGAGUCUUGA